GCAAUAUCAGAGUCCUUUCUAAUGAAUCCUUGGCAGAUGAUAAAAAACCAUGACAGUAACCAGAGAAGAAUAUCUGUAAUAUAAUUAAUUUUGCCAGCUCCGAUUCUUUGUUAUGCAAACAGUAGCUAACAACAUAUUUAACAAGUCCUCCCCUAAUGGUGGUUACACAAUAGAUGUAGCAAAAGUUAAUUUUCAGUUUCUCUCUACUUUCUAGAAAAGGGAAAUUAUUCCCUUUGGAUGAAAUCUAAGGCAUGCAGAGAUGGGAGUACCAGCAGUGUAUACAGCCUGAGCUAUAACCAGUCACGAACACUGGAGUGCGGACAGGAUUGGAAGCAAAUGGAUCCCACCAGCAGCAGCUGCAUGCGCAGUCCACAACCUCCUGCCCCACUUUGGGGGUGCCUGCGGAACACCCAUGCGGAUGUCACCACAGCUUCAGGGCUGAACCACUACCCACCAGCACCAUUCUCCUUCCAUCAAAAAUCAGAUUUUGCUACAUACUCUGAUUUCUCAACCUCCUGCCUGGUGACUGCUCCCCAUAGCUUCCCACGUGAGGAGCGGGCAUUUGUGGAGCAGCACCCCUCUUUCCAACACUCUGAAUGGCAUUUGGCAGCAACUGAGGCCAGAAGACGACUAAAUCCAGGACUGGCCUUGGGUUCUGGGGAGUCAGAAGGCAGCAGCCCAAAUCUAGUGAGUGCGGCAGUGGAUAUGAAUGAAGAUGAUGAGGUACCAGUAAAUACUACAAAUGAGACUGAGAAAAAGUCGUCCAAAAGAAAAAAGGAAAACUCAGAAAACCAGAACUCAAGCAACAAGGCAGAAACAAGCAGCAAAUCACGGAAGGAAAGGACAGCCUUCACAAAGGAGCAGCUACGGGAGCUGGAAGCUGAAUUUGCCCACCAUAACUACUUGACAAGGCUCAGGAGAUAUGAGAUAGCUGUGAACCUGGAUCUCACCGAGAGACAAGUCAAAGUAUGGUUUCAAAACAGAAGGAUGAAGUGGAAACGUGUUAAAGGUGGGCAACCUGUGUCCCCACAUGAACAUGACACAGAAGAUGUGGACUCUGCUGCCUCCCCCAGCUCUGACUAGUCCUUGCAGCAAUGGGAGAGGAGUAUGGAGAAAGUAAUUGAUCAGAAAGUAGAUGCAACACUGCUCUGGGUCAGCUACAGAAUGAGAUGAUCCUGGCUGCAAAACCUGUAGCCCUGAGUCUGUAAAAGGUGUAUAAUGCUUUAGGUUACAGAGGCAAUUAAAGAACGCAGGGGAAGAAAGCCAAAGCAGGUCGUGAUUUUUAUUUUUGUCUGAAUGAAUUGAACUCUGUCUAGAAUUGUCUUACUACCACAGAUGUGUCUUCAGAAUAAAAGCUAACAAACGCUGAAUAUAAAACAGGAGUAAUGUUGUCUAGGCUCUCAAACACUCAGAAAAUACAGGUUGUCAGUCAGCAAGUGAUAAUGCAACUGUAUUCUCACCCAGCCUUGCCCUGGUCACAUCUAUUUAUUCUGUAUUUGGACUUGACAAGGCACACUUUCCUUGUGCCUUACUUUAAGAGAAAUAAAUACUUUGAUAGUCA